AGAAGCCCUAGUUCUCUCGACUCUCUCUCUCCCCUCUCGACUCCGCCGCCGGCGCCGCUGCCCCGAGCCAGCCCGUCGCCGCCCACCCUUGUCGCGCUGCGUCGCGCCGCUGCCGCCCACCCUCGCUACAUCUCAUCUCCUCCCCAAAUCUCUCUCUCACUUCGCGAUCUCUCCCUCUUUGAGAGAUAGUCGCCGCCGCUGCCGAGGCAAGUUCCGGCCAUAGAAGCACGCCCCCCCUCUGUCCUCCCCGGCCGCAGCAACGUCAGCCACCAAGCUCGUCGCACUUCCCUCGUCUCCCUCUUAAUCUCCUCUCUCUCUGACUCAAAUGCACGCACACCAUACCGCGCCUGAAAUCCUAGAUCUAUAAUCUACAGCCACCUCCCUGUCGAUUCCCGUCUACCGCACGGCGGGAAGGCCGCCGCCUCCGAGCUCAGCCCAAAGCCCCCUCUGCUCUCCAUACUCCGGCGACAACAGCGACUCCUUGCCGCCGCCGUGCCCUAGCUUCAAUCCGCCGCUGAACUCCCUCUUCCGUGCCCUAGCUUCAAUCCGCCGCUUCAAUCUAUACUACUUUGGGUGAAUGAAGAAGCUAACUCUUGCUCACCGUGCAGGUAUGAAUAUAUCGAGAAUCACCUAUUGGGUUCGCCUCAAUAUACAAUUCACAGUAUAGCUCCUUACCAGUCAAAAGACAUUGAGAAAGCAGAGGAGCUAACUUUUGGAGGGAGCACUCUAGGAAAUAGCAAUAGUGAAAACUGCAUCCAAUCGUUCUUGCUACUCUUUAUUAAUGAUCAUUUGCCUGCGGUUUAUCUGUGCAAGUGAGUUCAUUUGCUCAGGUGCUUGACACAACUGCGAUGCUCAGUGUUGUUCCCCCAAGAUACAAGUGGACUGGUGGAGAGAUUGGUUUCUCCACAGCUAUUGGCAAGCAAGAUACAAGAGCCUUCCAUUCAUGAACUUGUUAGAGAACGACUCUGAUGCUGAGGUAAGCCACGAAAUUAUGGCUAUGAACUAUGCAGGUUGAGGUGGCUGUAGUGUUGGUGCUUAAAAAUGGAGAAUUCCGGAGCGGUGGAGGGAAUCGAAUACUGGCUGCAGUGGCAGGUACUGCUUUGCGCCUUCGCCUUUAUCGCCAUGGCUUACUUGCUCUACGAGACUGUUGCUGCCUUCGGAUUCUUCGUCUUCUUUUUCUACACUCAGUGGACGUUUGCACUGGUGGUAGUAUACUUUGCGAUUGCUACUGUGGUCUCGAUUCGGGGAUGUAGGAGGAAACCCAUUCAGACUGGGGAGAAGGAUAAUUUACUGAAAAAAGGACACGUAAGAGAAGCUUGGAUUUCUAGAAAAUCUACUGCAAAUCAUCUAUCAGUUCAUUAUUGUGAUUGAGUUUAUCAUCUUGGCGGAUCAAGUAGAUGGGAGUCGAUGAGCUAUGAGGACUACUACAAACGAGAAGGCUGAAGCAGAGAACGUCGUUUCAAAUGUCUAGCAAGUUGCGCGCAUUUGUAAUAUUUUUUAAUUAAACAUCUAGCUAAAUAGAAUAUAUGUGAAGUUUUCAUUAUAUUUGGAUGAUAAUGUAUGAAUAUUUUGGAUGAUAUAUAAUAUUGUUAUUGUUGAUUUUA